GUUUUUAUCUCUAGUUUGUAAAAUACAUACCUCAGUUUCAAGUUCUCGUUAACUGCAAGACUCAUUUCUCAGGAAAAAGUUUCUUUAAACAGGUUGGUAACGAGACGAAAUAACUGGACGCCAUGAGCCGAGCCCCUUCCUGCUGGAUGCGAUACGCCGACUAUCACUAUGGUGAUAUCAUCAUGCAAGAUGUCUCCGUCCCCACACACGGUGACACGCCCAACACCUACUACUGCACUCUGCAGUGGAACGCCGGACACGAGGCGGGUGGGUACUGCGGGAUCCAGUCGCACACUCACGGCCGUAAGAACUACAUUUUCUCUCUCUGGAAAUCGCGGUCACACCCAGACAUUCCCAUUGGCAUUCCAUACAAGGGCCACGGAACCACGACGACACCGUUUGGUGGCGAAGGGACCGGGAUGAAGUCGAUGAACUACUCGCUCGGAUGGAAAGACAACCACUGGUACACGACCGUCGUCAGAAGAUGGCACCACCAGCAACACACCUACUUUGGUUUCUGGAUCCACGACCAAUCGGCGAACUCGUGGGCACACCUGGUUACCAUGGACUACCCAGCAAGCGCCGACUUCUACACCCAGACGGGCUCGUUCAUCGAGGACUGGGCCGGGUCCGGACAGCACCAGCGAGAAGUUCACUUCAGACACGGCUUCAAGCGACGCACGGACCAGACGUGGAUCCCGUUCACCACCACCAACUUCAGUGACCCAACGACAACUACAACGCCGGGGUGCAACACGGCUACUACUUCAUGCAGAGCGGCGGCAACACCACGCCGAGUGCCCACCUGGGAACGAGCAAGACGAUCCACAACCACUCGACGCCCAGCCAUCCUCCCAACAAACCCAUCCACUUCUCCAUCACCUCCGCCACGUCCUCCGAGGUGACCUGGCACGUGGCCGAGUCGGAGACACCACAGUUCAGCUACAGCGUGACCGUCGACAAGAAUCCGUACCCGGCAGCGUCGGACGUGGAUCCAGAGAAGCGUAGCGUCAAGUUGAAUGUCGGUACAGCUUCCGAGGUCGAGGUCACACUGGAAGAUCUUCUGGGACGUCGCGUGACCAAGUCUAUGGCUAUACACUGAAGAUGACUAAAUCGCAGCCAGAUGAUACUGCAGAAGCAGAAUCAUAUCUUAAUGUAUUGAACAGUAACUAAGACAAUAUCACAUCAAGAAAACAAAACGGUUUGGAAACUUUUUUUUUUGUCUUCUGCUUUGUUUGUUUUUUGUUUAUUUGUUGUUGUUGUUUUUUGUUUCGGGGUGGGUGGUUGUUUGUUUGGGAUGUUUCUUUGUUUGUUUGUUUGUUGUUGUUGUUGUUGUUUUGUUUUUUGUUUUUUGAGGGGUAUUACACUGCGACAAACAUAGAUUGCCGAAACGUUUGACAAAGUAACAAAUACGUAUAUGUGAAUAUAUAUGACUUAAAUUCACUUUAUCACACUGUUCUGCAUCAUCUUCUUAAUUUAUAUACAUGUACUUAUAUUUCAUUUAGGAACCUUGUCAGAUUAAUUUUCUUAAACUACAAGUGAACAGAUUUAUGGUUAUACACAGACUAAAUACCACUAGAAUUACCAUAUUAUAUCGCAGAGUAGACAUUAAAAACCCAGCUAAAACUAUAUCCCGUCAAACACUACUACAAAAUAAAAUUGGCAACACAGUCGGUUCUGUCAAAUCUAACUCGUACAAUGUUUUGUGUGGAUAAAAAUUCGAUAUACUGACUUAUUUUCAGUGCAACGUAUUGACUGUAAAACAAGUUAAAAGUGGACCCAACCAGAGGGAAACAGUAACAUUUGAAGCAUGUACAUGUUUUUAAAUGUUAAAAUAAACAGUACUUAAUAUGUUCAUUUAAAUAUAAGAAAACACAGAAGAUGGACUGAAAGAAAUUGAAUACAUUUGCGCUAUUAUAAUUAUUUGGUGAGUCUUUGCUUUAAGCUCUCUGUUUUCAUAAUUUUUACAAUCCCGUGUGAUAGCAUAUUGGACAUGUCGAAUCAGAAAAAUUACACUAAUCAUUUUUAUAAUUGUAUUUACAUGUGUAUUAAAAUGAAUAUGGAGACCAAAGUGAUUAUUUAAAAUCACAACAUAAACGUACACAGCUGUUUAUUAUUUAUAUUAGUGGGAGAAACUACAGCAGAAGGCCGGGAAACGUUUGCACAAAGAAAAGGUUUUGUAGGAGGAUGGGACGGACUAUAGUUACUAUAUGUGAAAUGGAACUACCUCAUAAAAAGACCCCCCCCCCCCCCCACCCCCACAUACACACACCAACAAUCAUCAACAAGUUCACACAAAACCCCCACUUUAUUAGCAAAUAUUCUAUUAGAGUUUAAGACUCCCACUAAGAUUAGCAAUAAAGUGACAAACAAACUUGGGACCAAUGUUAUUUUUAUGUAGAUACAUUGCCACAUAUGCACUAUUUCAUCAUGUGCAUGUAGUGGGGUCGAACUGAUUUGUGACAAAGUGGUUCGGGGGCGAAACGUCUGCUACCCACAUUAAGACUGGCCGCUGUUUUGCAUUACGCUUACAUUACUAUUACAGUAACACUUUUGGGGAGCCAGUGUGCAGGAAAAAAAUGUCGCGUUAUUAUUUAACUUACUUGAAUAAAAUAAUAUCGGUAUGUAUAUUAAUGUCAUGUAUGCGUCAUAUAAUAUAAUAGUGUAAGCCAAAUAUUAUUUAGUCAAAUGUUGUAUGUGAAAGCCAAUGGAAAGAAAACAAUUAUUGUUGGUUCGGGGUUUUUGUUUUUGUACGAUCGUAGCGUUCUUCUGUUGUAUAUUCAUACUUUCAUCCACGGUGGCAAAAUUACAUACAUCGCCAUAGAACUGAUGCCUGCCCCGUACGAACAUAAGUCUAUGAUAUUUAAAAUAUCUUUAAAAUGAAUACAUAAACUAUUCGAUUAUAAAAAAUAAGAAAGAAAAUUUUCAUAUAUGGCUUCAGUUUACUCGACAUUUUCAUUGGUCGGCUGUUGACAAUAGACACACGCCUGCAGCCUUCAUAAUGGCACAAAACUAGAUAAAACUGAGCUCAGGUUGAAAUGAGUGGUACAGAUAUUUAAUUCGUAGAAUGUAGAAUGUAAUAAGAAUUAGUUGCUUAAAAAAAUCAAUUGUGAAUUUGAAAAAAAUUCCGGAUAUUUGGCAUCAAUUCCGGAAUUCCGAGUACGUGAUGAAAAUUCCGGAAAGUUGGUCGGCCUGAUAGUAUAUUCGAUUUAGAUACAUUUUAUCAGACUAUUUAAUUUAUACAUUAUUUUUGUAGAAACUGUUAUGAGAUUGUUCACAAUAUUACAUGUUUUUCGAGGAAUUAUAUAUUUAUAACAUUUAUAUAUAUUUUUAUAUUUGAUUGAGAGAGCCAUUUAUGAGAUUAUUUUAGGGAUCUACUUGAUCUAUACAUUUGUAUUGUUUUAAAAUAGGUUUAUAUUCAAAUAUUCGACUCGUUCUGUUUUAUCCAAUGUUUAGUAAUAUCUACUUAAAUUUAAUUGUUUUAAUAUUAAAUUUGAUUUACUAGUAAAUGUUUUAUGUGACUCUUUUACAAGGUGUCGCAUAGUUUUACAGUAUCUGAUCUGUAAUUUUAAUUUAAAAUAAGGUUUUACUCCAUUGGUUUAUAAUA